CCAUUUCCAUUAAUAUAAUUUUCGAACUAAGUCAUAUUCAGAAAUUGUGACGAAACUUCUCGUGAGUUCAUUGAAAUCUAUAAGAAAAAAUAUUUGCCCUAGACAUUGAAACGGCGAUCUUUUAAUAGCCAUGCAGCCUCGAACUCGUCGCCGAGGAGUGACCGGUAAAUAAGGGUGAUGAACCGCCGGAUCGAUAUACCAAGUUCAAGUUGGCGCAUCGCCAUGGCUACCAAAUGCACAACAUACCUCUGCUCUGAAUCCGCCACACCCUUCCACGUUGUUACAGUUAUAGAUGCUUUAUGUAAUUAGUGGUAAAAUCGUAACAACACUUUGUUACGGGUGCUUGAAGAAUUCGUACCAUUAAAAAUAAAUAGUUAAAUAACACUAUCAGUUUUACAGUGCCAUCGUUUUCGUAAAGAUUUUAAGAUGAGAAUGACCGCAUCGCGUGUGUACAUGCGGCCCCAGCCCUUGCCGAAGAUGCCACCAGGUAUGGUUGAACUGAUGGAAGGACUCACCAGGAAUGUUCUCAAGAAUAACCCCCCAGAUGUAUAUGAGUUUUGUGCGAAGCAUAUGCAGAAGUUGCUGGAAAUCCGCGAUGGGCCUGUUUCCAAACGGCCAAUGACCCUUGAAGAAAAAGUUGCCAGAGCGCAGCAGAAAUUAAGGGAAAAAGCUGAACAACGCAGGCGCACAUACGACAAAGAAAUAAAGUUGCAAUCUGGCAACAAAGACCGCAAGUUAAAGUAUGAAAAUAGUCAAGAAAUUAUAGCGCAACCAAACAUUGAUGAAAUAGAGACACAAAUUAUUUCAGAAUCUGUAGCAGAAAGUAAUCUCAAAGUUCCUGUGCACCAUGAGCAUGAAUUGCGUGAUGCUUUGGAAGUAGAAAUAUACCAUAAAUCUAGUGAUGAUUCGCAAUUAAAAGAAGAGGAAAUUGAAGAUUUAAAAAACACUGAAAACAAGGAAAUCAAUGAAACCAUCUUAGAUGAAGCUAAAGUUAUUGAGGAGCAACAUAUUGAGAAUCGAGCUCCUGAAGAAAAACCAGUGACGACAUCGAAUGAUUCAACCGUGUCUGAAACAGAUAAAGUCAGUACAAUGCACAAGUCCUCCAGUAUGGGUGAAAAUUACAUUGAAAAUCUAGUACGCAUUCGAAAGCCGAGGAGUGUCGAAGAUUUCACAGACGACGUUAAAGAAAUCGAACAAAAAAAUUCAUUGAUUGUUCAAACUCAAUCUGCAGAAACUACGACGCCUAAACUAGUAACUGCGAGGAAAUAUAGUUCCGAGGAUAAUCCUCACGAUAACUUUGAUUACACACAAACCGUGACCAAUGAGAGUGCAAAUAAAUCUGAAAGAAAUUAUCAAGUACAUACUAACCAAACCGAACUCGAAACCGUCACUGAUAUUUCUGAAAUUGAACCCCAAAAGAAUGAAAGACAGAAUAUAAUUUUUAAUGAAGCCACUUGUUCUACUAUUAAACUUGCAGAAGUAAACCAAGGAGAGAAUGAGGUUAAAGAUCUUGAAAAUAACAACACUGAAGCAGUUAACGUUGAUGGUAUGAAAGAAUCAGAAGGAAAUCAAAAUAUGGAUGUGAAGUUGUCCGAGAAAAUAAUUAAUACAACCCCUGAAAUCACAUCAGAUGAAAAAUUAAACGAUGAAAGCAAUGUUUUGAAGAACACUGCAAAUGAGAAUGUACCUGACGAUGAAAGUAAACCGGAAAUAAAAGUAAACGAUGAACAGCAUGAACAUUAUGAGAACACAGCCAGCAUUAAAGUCGGCAGUGGUGUCGAAAACUACGUACCUUCAGAAGUUGAAGCAGAAGUCCAAAACGAAAAUACUAUGGAAUCUAAAACCGUUUAUCAAUAUAAUGGAGAUGAAAGUGGUACUGUUGAAUUUUCACUGAACAAAGAUGUCGAAGGAGGCAUAAAAGAAAAAGAACUGUGCCUAGAAUCAUUUAUACAUAAAGGACCAGAAGACACAGGUGAUUUCAUACACAAUAAUAACAAUAAUAUCGGUGACGUAGUCAUCUCUGAACAUAGAGUUUUGGUUGUUGAACUUGCUGACAUUAAAGAUGAUAAUGCUUCAGUUCCAGAACAAAAUCCCGGAAAUGUUGUUGACAACAGGGAAUUGAAAGCUAAUGGACGCAAUUUGACAGACUCGCCAGGUGACGAUGAAGAUACUGACAAAAUUUUUUUAUCAGCAUCUGGAGCUGAUUCGGAAAAAUCGGACACAGAUCAACUCUCAAAAGAUUUAGAACAGACUAUUAAUGAACGAUCAAAAAGAAAUUUAGAAAAUAUAUCCGAAGGAAUAGAGACUACUUCAAAUACCACAGAUGUAGGGAAAUCUGAUAACGAAACUAUAUCUUUAGACAAAUUUAGUAGUAUAGAUGAUAGUGCAGCUGAAGAUAGUAACGACAACAUUGGAAAUGAGAUCAAGACGAAUGGUAAAUCAACUAAUUAUACACAUAGUGCGAUGGAUUUGGAAACAGCCGCAGUGACUAUACAAAAAGUGUUUCGUACAUUUCUUUUCAAGAGCAGAGCAUCCACGUUUGAGGAUUCAGUUAAUGAGGAUAUUAAUUUAACAGACGAAGACACUGAACAGGUUGAUAUAGAUCUUUUAGUUCCACCACCAACGAAUAUGAAAGAGCGCAGGGGCAUCGCUAGAAUUGACACUGUAUUACAAACAGUAAACGAAGAAAAGUCUUUGUCCUUAUCUACUGAUGACUCGUCCUUGUCGAGUGCAGCUACUGUCAUACAAGCUCACGUGAGAGGAUUUCUUGUCAGAAACAAGCUAAAUUCUAUUAAAACAGCAUCAUCAGCUUCAUUGGUUACCUCAGACGGACAUUCAACAUCAUUGGAAGCUGAAGUUGACCAAAACAAGCCUAACAAGACAGUCCUGAACAUCAUUGUGCCUGAAGGAGGGCAUUUUGUAAGCAGAGAUGAAAGUGUCUUGACUUCGAUGGAACUUUCACUAGAUGGUAGUCCCCCUUCUUCUGUGAACCUGCAUCCAUUGGGCUACGAUAAAAGCGAACCGAGGAAACAGCUUAAGCGUGGAGAUGCAAUCCAGUCAAUAUCUCCUCCUAGUAACAACAGUGGAAAACUGAGUGAAGAGGUGGAUUCGAUUAAAGAAACCUUGAAUAAUGAUUCCACAGAACAGCAAAAGCCGGUCCCAACUUUAGUUGAUGACAUAAAGGAAGACACAAAUGCCAAUAGCCGUGACACGACUCCUACCAAAAGCACUACAGUUGAAACUGUAGUAGAAGCACACAAGUGGAACAAAAUGUCUAAAACUGACGCUUGCAAAGGAUCCCUAACAAACAUGAGUUCAGAUGAAAGCGAUGUUGUUACUCCGUUUGAAGAAAAAAAUUUAUCAGAUUCUGAUAAUACAUUAGGGUUAUUGCAUUCGGGCGAAUUCCAUGACGCAGUGCUGCCCACAAAGCUAUCGCGAAGUGACACGUCUGUCGUCCGUGGUGAGUGAAGACAUCUUCUAUUUACAGGUGAUACUACUUUCCGUUAUAUCAAGGCCAUCGCAUGAACUGCUUAGAUUAUUAGCUAGGUAGUUCGUGACUGCUUAUUUGAGCCUUGUAAUGCAGAAAUGUAGUAAAAUAGUCAAGUACAGACUAGCAGAUGCUCUUAGUUAGAUAGUAGUUAGCAAAUUUAUAUACAGUUUUUUUUAAAUGAGA